UGGCGGCCGCCCAUCAAUUGUCCGUACAGCAUCCAUUAUCGGCGCAAAUCGGUCAGCCGUCUCAAGCUCACGUGGUGCAACAAACCGCGGCCGGGUUGCAGCAACAGCAGCAGCAACAACAGCAGCAGCAGCAGCAACAACAACAACAGUCCCAAGGAUUGCAAAGCAUCGCGAGCCAACACCCUGCCCUUCAAGGCCUGGCCAACCAGAUAGCCGCCUCCCAACAGGCGGGCGGUUUGCAAGGGGCGGGCCUGGCGCAGCCGGGCCACCCAGGCCAAGGCGUGCAAGCGCAUUUGCAACCGUAUCAGAGCGUGUCGUUGCACGCGAAGAUGCCGCAAUUCAAGGUGAAGCCGACCGCGGCGCUGAUGCCCGACCAGGACAAGAGCAAAGAUCCGCGCGCCGCGUCCAAGGCACAGGGGUACAAGAAGAAGUCGAGGAAAUCGCCGGGUGGCAGCCCGCACCCGUCCCCGCUGGAGGCGCCGAUCGUCGACGCGACGCGGGACGACGUGCAGAGCCCGGCCUAUUCGGACAUCUCGGACGACGCGGCGCCCGUGCUCGAGGCGGAGGCCGCCGACAAGUCGAAGCAGGGCCAGCAGGACAAGGACGGGGGGAAGGUGGCGACGAGCGCCCACCUCCCCUCCCACUUCAACAUGUACCCGUACUACGGCCAACCGCCGUACCUGGUCCCGAGCGUGGCCGAGAGCAAGCCGAUCGAUCAGAAACCGAGCGAUCUGGUCGCGCCGAAACAGGAGAUGAAACCGCUCAACAUACCGCAGAUGCCCAGCCUGGCGAGCCUGCAGAGCGUGGUGGCAGAGAAGGAGAAGAAGGAGUUGAGCCAAUCGGUGCCCCAACCGCAACAACAGCCCCACUACUACGGCGGUUACGGCGGCUACAUGCCGCCCGGCUACCCGUAUCAACCGCCUCAACCCGUCUCGCAACAGCAACAACAGCAGCAACAGCAACAGCAGCAGCAGCAGCAGGAGCAAGAGAUGCACGAGCAGAAGGCGAAGAUAAAGCAAGAGCCCCAGUCGCAGCAACCGCAGCAACAACAGCAGCAGCAGCAGCAGCCGCCUAGCUUGAAGGAGAAGCAACACGAGAAUCACCAGAUAUUGAAGGAAAGUAUAGAGAUGAAGAGCCAGAUGAGCCCGUAUCACGUGUACCACAGUGGUCAGAGUCAGAGGUCGGCGCCCCCGCCGCCGCCCCCUGGCCCGUUACAGGACGACCGAAGGUAUUACUUGUAUCCGGGUGACCAGAGGCGAAAGGAGGAGGUGAACAAGCAGAGCCAACAGGCGAAGCCGCCGCCCCCGAGCCCGAAGCACCAGCCGAAGCAGGAGAAGCUUCAGGAUUUGGGCAAGAGCGAGGACUCGAAGAGCAAGCAGGAGGGCGUGAAGCCAACGAUGGAGACGCAGGGACCACCGCCGCCCCCCACCUCGCAGUACGCGUACAUCCAUCCGGGCUACAUGCAACCCCAACACUACGGCGCGUUGCCGUUCGAUCCAGGCCACCCGGUGUAUCGAGGCCUCAGCCCGAUGCUCGUCCCAGGCCCCUACUCCGGCAAUCCGUAUCUGCACCAGUUGCCCAGGUAUCACGCGCCCGAGGAUCUGAGCAGGCCGCCAGCCGGCAAAGCCCUCGACCUGCUCCAGCACCACGCCAAUCAGUAUUAUUCGGCGCACAAGAUACACGAGCUUCAGGAGCGUGCGCUCAAAUCGCCCACCCCGAAAACGUCCGCGGCCUCGGCCAGCCCGUCGUCCGCGGGGCCAACACCGUCACGCCCACCGAGCGGACCGCCCAGCUCCGUGGCCGGCCCCGGCCCGCCCCAAUCCCAGAGCCAGCAAUCCCAGGCGAAGCAGCAGGUUCAGUCGGGCGGGCAGCAGUCGCAACAGCAGCAGCAACAGCCCGUCGACGCUGGCACUGGAACCUUGACCAAGGAUAACAGAUCGCCCCCGCCCCAACGACACGUGCACACGCAUCACCACACGCACGUUGGCCUAGGUUAUCCCCUAUUGACCGGACAAUAUCCCGCCCCGUACGGAGCGGCGAUGCUGGCGAGUCAGCAGGCCGCCGCGGUAGCCGCAUCGGUGAUCUCGCCAUUCCCGCCCAAGUGACCCGCGGCCCCCGGUCCCGUACUUGCUGCCGGAACAACCGGACCCACCUCUGCACAAACUCAUCACACGUCUCAUCAUCCACCGCCUGUUACCGCCGCGACCGCCGCGGGACAUCCGCAUUCUGCCGCAACAGGCAGACAAACUUAGGAUCAUCCCGCCCAAUACCUUCGACCUCACCAGUCUGCCACCUCUUGUUCUUUCGCGCGACCGGAUGAUACUGUAUCGGCUUGCCGCCACGUCAACAACAACAACAGCGAGUUUCGCUUCCAUUAACAGCAGCAGUGACAGCAGCAACAGCAACAGCAACAACAACAGCGUAGCGAUGAAACUUGUACACCACAUCUUGCUAUUAUUCCCUAUCGUCAUCCGUUAUACGUGCUCUUUUAUGUGUACUGUGUACCAUCUUCGUCGAGACUUCGUAAAAACGCGAUAAUCUCCUCCUUGUCUUCUUUCUACGUGCAAGAGCCGUGCACGCCUUCCGAAUAGCCGUUUCACUUCGUUUCGUCACGCAUUUUUUGCACGCCGUGCGAAAAGGACCGCGUCAAGUAAACAUUUCUUCGAUGCGUGUCGGUCAAAUCGGUCAAAACGGGUAGUAGUAGAUCGACGGGUCGAUUCGUCGACAUCGAACCGUUCCUUCGUAACUUUCUUAACAUGUACGCUUUUAAUUUUGCAGUUAUUAUUUUUGCGAAUCGUUCCAUCGGAUUAUCACGCACAAUUUAUGCCCAGAGGAAAUUUCUUUCUCCGGAGAAUACGAUCAAAAUGAAGAAAUAAAUUCCUUGUCGCGUUGUCUUCGUUCUUCCAUUCGAAAUGAAAGACCGUAAUGUUUUCGAAACUUUCGUACGAAUCAUCUUGAAUGUAUCUAUCGUAUUCUCGCUGUUGUGCCCACGAUCCCACGUCUCACACGAAGAUGACGAUAACGGAGAUACGCAACUGGAAUAAAGGUAUUCGAGCGAGAAACGUAAUAACGGAUAGCGGAAAAUUUGCAAAAAAAAAAAAAACGUGGAAUUUUACUUGAAAUCGACGACAACAAUAUUAGCUAUGUUACUGUUACGUGGAAGAAACGGCUCGCGAUGGUUGGAUUGGAAGGCGCGGCAAAAUUUUGGGGCUAAAGAAAUUCGGAAAGAGGCGGGGAAAAACGACGGGGAAAGAAAACGAGGGGAAAGAGAGAGAAUGUAUGAGGAAUGAAAGAGAGUGGGAGAGAAAAGCAGACGCGAGGGAAGCAUGCGUGCGAUGAUAUCUCGUUGCGUUAGACUGACUGGGCCGAAAAUGGCCUUAAAAAAUUAUUACUGAUAUAAUCCUAUAUACAGUCGAAAAGACGAGGGAGAAGAGAGAGAGAGAGAGAGAGAGAGCGAUGAUCAAGAUGGAUAAGACUAAUUGACGAGGAAGGGAGAAAGUUAUUAGGUAUAUAUACGUAUACACAUACAUAUGCGCCACAGUGAUACAUACGCGCCCAUAGUAUCAUCCUGAUGGCUACCUAAAGUUAGUUCAGUGACGAUUAUCAUUGUACCUUUUAUUACGAUUAUUCAUAAAUAAUUAUUGGUUCUAUUAUUUUAUUAUUGUAUCGUCGGUAAAAGAAAAAAAAAAAAGAUAAAAGCGUUGUAUUAUAAUACGAACGAUUGGUAAAACACGUUGCCAAGAAUCCGAAAAUAGUUUUAUCGUGCCGUACGUAGUGUUGCAAAUGCCAAAUAAAAGAACAGAGAACAAGGCGUGUUUUUUUAAUUCGGACGUAACAACGGCGAUAUCUAUCUGUUUAAGUAAAAUGAGUGAAAGAGGGGUGGAGGGGGGAGAGAAAGAGAGGGAGAGAAAGAAUCAAGUAAGAAUGAGUGAGUGGGAGAGGAAGGGAGGAAAAGGGAGAGAACGGCGGAGAAACGCGCGGGCAAUCGUCUCAGUUUUAAUGAGACGUGUUCGAAGGAGAAUCGGGCGGGCUUUAAAGUAAAAAGAAAUAAAAAAAAAAAAAUGCUGGUGCUGUGCUGUGAUUUUUAUAAAACGUAAAAAGAAAAAAAUCAGAGGAGCGACACGCGAAUCGUGAUAAAAAGAAAUCGAAGAUCUUGACGAAUUUUUAUGAAAAUAUACAGAUAGCCUAAGUACCUGGACCUGCCCUGCGCUCUCCACAAACUUAAAUUCAAGUAGAAGAUAUUAAACGAGAGAAAUUAAAUGAAAAAAGUGAAUAAAAACAAAAA